AACCAAUAGAAGAAACUUUUCGUGCCAAAGUUUUGAUCCGAGCACCCGACAAGAGCGAGCCGAGCACCCAUCAAGCUCGAGUCAAAUGCCCAACGAGCUCGAUCCGAGCAUCGAGCACAACUCGUGUGCCCAACACCUCGAGCGAUACUAGCGAAGAGUAA